AUGUAUCUUUUAGUUGAGCCAUUGUUUUUUGAAAAUGGUUGUCCAUGUCCAAAGUACAAACAAAGAUUAGUGGUACCACCGUCAAAAUCUAUUAACAACAAUUGCAUUCAAUUAUCACAAUAUUUAAUCGAAAAACCAGAAGGUGAUAUGUAUACACCAGGUUCUCUUAUUAAAUUGGAAUUUCAUUGUAUUAAAGAUCUUACAAAAAGAAGAUUUAUUACAAGAAUUGAUUUUCUUAACCAAAAUAUUUUAAAUAAUCCUUCAUCUGAUUGUGUUUGUCCAUAUUGUAAUAUUUCAGGUACAAGCAAAGCUGCAGUCGCUUAUAUAUGCAAAACAUUAAACACCCUGCGUAUUCCAUUUAAAGAUUGUGUUUUCAUUCAUCCAGAUGUGUCAGGUCAAGAAUGGAAAUAA